AUGACUACCAUGAUGGCCAUGAUGGAUCAGCAUGCGAUGUUUGCGACUGGAUACUACGAGCUGCCUUCGCCUUCAUACACAUCUAUGGAGGAGAGCAAGUCAUCGUUAAUAUUGCAAUCAACUUUCGCGCCGCCGAGUAAACAAAACAGUACGACACAACGCGAUGGCGACGAGAAGUCGUUCUUACUACUAUCACUGAAGGCCUCGGAUGAAGACGAAUAUAUCACGCCCCUGCCUUUAUAUACACCUAUCGACGAGCACCCACCGCCCGCUUAUACCAAGGAUAUCGAGGACGAGGUAGCGACUAGCCAUAUUCUAACACACAAAUCAUUGCACACGUAUCCCGAGAGAUCGAGAUCGUCAGCAUCAUUAUUCGGCGGAGGAUUAUAUGGUGUGCGAGAACGGGCACCCAAGAGGAGGGCAGCAAAGGGCUCGUCAUCCGCGAAGAGCGCGGAUAAGAAAACGACUGCUAAAGCGACGACAACUAGAGGAAAGAUUAGUGGCUCAGGAGGCACAAGUGGUGCUGGCGACGAUGAGGACGAGAAGAAGAGAAAGAAGGAUGAGGAUCGGAAGAAGAGGGAGGAGGAAGAGCUCGAGAAGCUGAGAAAGGAGGAGGAGGAAGAGAAGAGGAAGGAGGAGGAAGCGGCUGCAGAGGAGGAAAGGUUACGCUUGGAGGAGGAAGAAAAGGAGCGACUCCGACUGGAAGAGGAGGAGAAAGAGAGACUGAGGUUAGAGGAAGAAAAACGAAUCGCCGACGAAAUCGCGAACAGCACUAAUGCAUGGGGUAAUAAUGAGGAGGAGGAGGAGCAAAAUACCGGAGGUGGGUGGGGCUUCUUAGGUGGGAGGAAGAAGAAGGAAGUCAAGACAAAGAAAGUCGCGCCAGCACCAGCACCAGCACCUCCACCUCCACCUCCGCCCGCACCUACACCACCAGUUAUAGAAGUAGCACCUGCUCCCCCACCACCGCCGACGCCGCCCCAAGAAGAAUCGGUACCUGGUGGGUUUGUCGAAGCCGUAGAAGUCGUCCAAGAGGUCCAGGAGACACCGAGGGAGAAAGAAAGGAGGGAGAAAGAAAGGAGGGAGAAGGCGGAAAGAAGAAGAAAGAGAGAGGAGGAUAGACUCGACAGACUCACCAAGGGAUUGCCAGCGAGGAAGUCAAGGAGGGAAGCAGAAGCAGAGGCCGCUGCAGCAAAGACAGUCGUAGAGGUUGUUGAAGCACCAGCGCCCGCACCCGCACCCGCACCUACACCGGUAGAAGCAGCCCCUGCACCGGAACUGCCGGUGGAAAGUGACGAAGUUGUCUCGCCAAAAAUAGACGUCGAUGAUAUUGAUGACAACGAGGAUAAUGUCAGUCCAACAAACAGCGCGCCCAAAUUAUCCGGAUUCGGUGGGAUCGGUUUGGGCUGGGGAAGAUUAGGUCUUGGCCUCACAAAGUGGGGUGCCGCCUCACAAGGUAGUGACUCCACUUCUCCAAAUGGUUCUGCGAUUGGGUCGAAGAAAACAACACCCGUCGACGAAACACCGAAGGAUCUAUUCCCCCCAACGAAGAAAGAGCUGAGCGAGAGCAUCGCAAACCAGAAAAAGGUCGAGCCUGAACCACUGCCAGAACCAGAGCCAGUGGUUGAAGUGGUCGAACCUGAACCGGAGCCGGUCAAGGAUGAGAUUCCAGAACAAGCUACAGAGCCAGUUAUCAUGCCACAAGAAGCGCCCGUCGAAGACGAUUUCGGUUACGUCAAGAAGGGGAAGAAGGGGAAGAAGGUAGAAAAGAAGCCUACAAAAGCUGCUGCGACAGUUCCGGAGGAAACCGAGAAGAAGAAGACAGGAAAAGUUGCUUCGCCAGUUACAGAGGAAACUGAGAAGAAGAAGACAGGAAAAGUCGCUUCGCUUGCGGGUGUCUAUGAGAAGCGCGCAUCCACCAUCAAGAAGGAUGUGGUGGAGAAGCCGACCAAGUCCAAAUCCAGAUCAACUGCAAUCCCUGUUGAGAUACCUACUGAGCCCGAGGUGCCUGAGCCUGAGCCAGUAGUCGAACCUCCAGCAAAGGAACCAAAAGACGAGCAAGAGUCCUACUACGGCCCAGGCUAUGAGAAGGUAAAACAGCGCAAAUAUGCCGACACGCCGGAGGUGAGGUAUGCCGGUAAAUCCAAUAUAGGAUAUGUUCCCACCCCCGAAGAGACACCAUACGUGCCAAUUCCCAAGGAACCAGCAUAUGCGCCAGUACCAGAAGGACCUAAGUACGCUGAACCUAAGCAAUUCGAAUAUGCGACGCCCAAUAUUUGGAGUCUCGGCAAGAAGGGUAGGAGGAAUGGAAAGGCCGAAGUAGCUACAGCUCCCGCGCCUCCUCCACCAAUCGUUGAACGAGUCCCAACACCCGAGCCCGAACCAAUUCCUGAUCCAGUUGUCGAACAACCUGAACCCGAACCCGAACCCGAACCCAUUGUUGAACCCGAGCCCGUGCCUGUUCCAGAACCAGUGAAGCCUACAAAGCAUGAAAAGAAGCAGAAGAAAAAGAAGGGUUGGUUCUUUGCUGAGCCUGAGGAAUCAGAACCCGAACCAGUCCCGGAACCGCCGGUUGAAGUUGUUCCCAUUGCGGAGGAAGUUCAGGUGACGGAGGCAGAGCCCGAGCCGGAAGAAGAAGAGCCAGGGGCAGAGUUCGUUGAAGCUGUCGCAGAGGUGGUCGAUGCUGAACCUGAGCUUGAGAUUCCUGCCAUUGUCGAGCCCGAAACGGCUCCCGCCCCUGGCCCCGAAGCUAGAAGAACAAGAAAAGAUGUCAAAGACGUCUCAGUCUGGAGCCUACUCGCACCGCCGAAGCCGAAGAAGAAAAGCCCAGGCCCCGAGGUUAGCAUUGCCCCCAAUUGCUCCCUUUCUCCUUCUCCCCCCACCUCCCCGCAAGACAGCGAGUCUGCAGAGAAGCACCAAGCAGGCAAAGACGGUGAUGUUGACACAUCUGUUUCUGUAAAGAAGCCCAAGGAAAGAAGACUUUCAGCGGAGGUGGUGGACGCCAAUGGGGGCCCAGUCAAGACCGUUGGGCUCCGCGAACUGUGGAAGAUGAACAAGGAGGUGGAGAGGAAGAAGAAGAACGCAAGAGGCCUUUCGCCUGUCGAAAGAUGGCAGGCCGAUGUUGUGCCCGAAAUGCCCCCAGACGAGGACGAAUAUAAUAGCACAGAAGAAAUCGAGAAGGACGGUCACGUGGACGCCGCUGAUGCCGAUAUUCCGCUGUCAUCUCCCCCUCCAACAAUGCUUCCAAUAGAGUCCUAUCUUGUCCCCGAUACCCCUAUCGCUGCGCAAGCACCGUCACCAGUCUGGAAAGAGGCACCACCCCUUUUCGCACCAGUCUCUCGCAAGUCUUCUUCAAAGAAAGACAGGAAAAAGAGAUCUGAUCCAACUGUCGAACUGCAAGCCAAUCCGAUUGUCGAGGAGCCAGAGCCAGCUGCUGAACCCGAACCUGAGCCGGUACUAGAGCCUACCAAGCGAGAGACAAGGCAAAGGAAGAAGACCUGGGGUCGGUUUUUCGAAACGGUAGACGAACCAGAGCCAGAACCGGUUGUGGAACCUGAGCCCGAGCCAGUGGUUGAAGCGCCCGCAGUCGAGCCAGAGUCAGUGGCCGAGGAACCAGAACCGAUCGUCGAGGCAGCACCCGAACCUGAGCCUGCUAAACCUCCGAGGAAGGAGCGAAAACAGAAAAAGAAGGGCUGGUUCUACACUUCACCCGAAACUGAUACUGAGCCCGAGCCAGUCGUUCAAGAACCUGUGCAAGAGCCUGAAAUUGAACCUGCGCCAGAGCCAAUUGUUGAGCCGGAACCAGCGCCAGCGCCAGAACCAGUGAGUAGGCUACCGGUGAGGUCCAAUAGAAAUACCAAGAAAGGCUGGAUCUUUGGAGGGUCUACCCAAUCACCAGUGUCCGAGCCACCAACACCAUCAGUGUCCGAGCCUGUUCCUGAACUCGAAUCAGAAUCGGCGGGCGAGCCAGAAUUAGAGCAGGAAAGUGCUGCACGAACACCUGAGCCCAGUGAACCUGAAGCGCAAUUUGAAGAAGGUCAAGAGGGAGAAUAUUCACCAACACGUUUGGCAAUCGGCUGGCCUGAAGAGAAAGCACGAUCAAAGGAGCGGCGCCAUAGCCAAAAACACAAGGACCUAAAGGAAGGAGCUGUUGAACCCAAGAAAAAAGAAAAGCGCCGAAGUCGCAAGCUUGACGAUCCAAGUGCAGCACCUUCCUCGACAUCAAGGCCACCUUUGAUGGAAAGGAGAGGAACUUACGCACUUUCAGGAGCACCCAAAAUGGAGAGAAGAGGAACCUACUCCAGCUCAGCACCUUCAAUGGAGCGAAGGAAUACUACAAGUUCUACCAACGACGAUGCUGAAAAGGCAGCCCGUAGAGAACGUCGACGCUUGAAGAAACUAGCUGAGGAGGAAGCAGAAAAAGUAAGAUUGGCAAAGGAAGCAGAGGAAAGGGAACAUGCAGAGAGGGAGCAGCGACGCGCAGAGAGACGAGAAAAACGAGCAAGAAAAGAAGCUGAGGAAAAGGAAGCUAGGUUGGCCGCUGAAAAACAGGCUUUGGCAAAGGAAGCAGAACGUGCGGCCCGGGAAGAGAAACCAAAGCUCGAGAGACGCAAGUCAUCAAAGAGACAUACCCAUAUCGAACCUAUCAUUGGAGCAGUAGAGGAGACCCGCGAAGAAAAGGAAGCCCGAAGGGAAGCACGUAGGGCGAAGAGAGCAGCUAAGGAACAUGGUUCGGGUACUGGCAGUGGCAGUCAUGGAAAAUCCAAUAGAAAUUCCAUCAACCAUGCAGCACAACUUGCGACAGCCAUGAAAGGCAUUCCGCACUCGGCAGACCCUUACCCACACGAAGGCGAGCGCAGUGAUCAUUAUCAAAGCGCGUACGAAGAAGAAGCCCGCAGACGAAGAAGGCUGGAGCGUCACAACAUCAAAAAAGCCCAGAAGGCGGGCAUCUGGACCAACGGCGAAGCACUUAGUGGUUCCGUCACCCCCGAACGAGUUCCUACUGAAGAGAUUAACGGUGUCAAUUUCUCUUCAAGCACAUCGCAGGACCUUGCACAAGAGGAAGCUAUCAGAGAACGCCGAAGGAAGCGGAAGGAGGCCCGAAGGAGUUUGCACGAGACCGUCGUUGAUGAGGACGAAGCGAAACGCCUUAAGAAGCUUCAAAGGAAGGAGGAGAAGCGUGCGAAAGAGUUGAAGGACAUGAAUGUGGUGAAAGGAAAAGAUGCGAAGAUGUCCGGUGCCAAGGAAAAGGUGGUGAAGAACUCUGAGGACAGAGCCUUGAAGCGAGAGCAGAGGGCGAAGAGGCGGGCGGAAAGUGAGAGAUUCAAUGGCGCGUUGACUGAGAAUGAGGGCUCAUCCAAAAACAAAUGGUGGAAGAAGCUUUUGGGUUAA